CUGCGCGGCGCCCAGCUGCUGGACGCGCUGCGGCUGCACAAGCAGGGCUACCCGGAGCACAUGCCGUUCGCCGAGUUCGGACGGCGGUUCGCGCUGCUGGCGCCGGACGCGGCCGGCGAGCAGGACGAGGCCGGCGACGAGCGCGCCGCCGCCGACCAGCUGAUGCUGCAGCUGGACGUGGACACCACCGCCUACCGGCUCGGCCUCAGUCAGAUCUUCUUCCGCUCGGGGGCGCUGACGCGGCUGGAGGAGCAGCGCGACGAGCGGCUCCAGGACAAGGUGGUGCGCCUGCAGGCGUGCUGCCGCGGCCUGCUGGCGCGCAGGCAGUUCGCCCGGCUCAAGGUUCAGGACCUGGCCAUCCGCUGUAUCCAAAAGAAUGUGCGCAAGUACGUGGGCGUGCGCAGCUGGCCCUGGUGGCGCCUGCUAGUACGCGUCACGCCGCUGCUCGACGUGCACCGCACCGAACAGCAGCUGCAAGCCGCAACGGAGGAGCUGCUGGCGCUACGAGAGAAGGUCGAAAAGUUGGAGAAGGGCAACACCGUCUACAAGCAUGAAAACGACAAGCUUGAAAGCAAGCUGGGCGAGCUCACGGCGGACCUGGCCGAGGAGCACCACACCUCGACGCUGGCCACCGAACGGCUGGAGGCCGAGCAGGCCGAGCGCAUGCGGCUCGAGGGAGACGUCCAGGGACUGCAGACCGAGUACAAGAAGAUGUGCACGUUGAACGAGCGGCUGGAGACGGAGCUGCUGUACACUCGCGCCUCGGCCGAGCUGAGCGCCGGGUCCGAGGAGGAGGAAGAGGCCGGCAGCGUCACCAUGUACAAGCGCAAGUACGAGUAUACGGCCCGCGAGCUCGCCUACACCCGCAAGCGGCUCGAGCAGCAGCACGAGGACGACGUCGAGCAGAUGAUGGUGCUCAAGAAGCAGCUGGAUAAGAAGGUGGAGGCGGCGUACGAGGAGGUGGACGAGCAGCGCCAGAUCGUGACGCAGCAGAAGCGCAAGGUGACGCGGCUGACGGGCGAGCUGAACGACCUGCGCAUCCACCUGGAGGAGCAGAGCAGCCGCAACGCCGUGCUGGAGAAGAAGCAGCGCAAGUUCGACAUCGACAUGCAGGCGCUGCAGGACGAGCUGCGCCGGGAGCGGCAGCAGCGGGAGAAGGCCGUGCGCGAGCUGGACCAGCUGCAGCGCGAACGCUGCUCGCUCGACAACGACGUGGCGGCCAUGCGUCUGGAGCUGGAGAUGCAGGAGGAGAAGGUGCAGUCGCUGCGCCGGGAGCUGGACGAGCUCGGCUCGUCGGCCGGCUCUGAGGACGAGGUGGCGGCGCUGCGCCGCUCGCGGCUCGACCUGCAGCACAAGUGCCAGGAGCAGGAGGAGGAGCUGGACGACCUGGCCGGCCAGGUCAGCCUGCUCGAGCAGGCCAAGCUCCGGCUGGAGAUGAGUCUGGAGCAGGUGCGCAAGGAGCACCGCCGCGAGAUCGCCCAGAAGGACGAGGAGGCCGAGGAGGUGCGCGCCAACGCCAGCAAAAAGCUCAAAGGGCUCGAGUCCCAGCUGGAGACGGAGCACGAGGAGCGCACGGCGCUGGUGCGCGAGAAGCACGAGCUGGAGCGACGCAUCAUCGCGCUCAACGAGCACACCAUCAGUCAGGACGACCAGGAGGCCAUCCUCAAGCUGAAGCGGGACCUCAAGCGCACGCGCGCCCUGCUCAAGGACACGCAGGCGCAGCUGGAGAAGGCCCGCUCCGAGGCGUCCAGCAAAGUGCAGAUCCGACAGCUGAAGAACCAGCUGGAGGAUGCCGAGUUCGCGCAGGGCGCGGCGGUGAAGGCGCGCCAGUCGCUGGCGCAGGAGCUACAGGACACGCAGACCCUGCUGGAGGAGGCGCAGCGCGCGCGCACCGACAGCGAGACGCGCUACCUGACCGCCAGCCGCGAGCUGCACCAGCUGCAGGGCCAGGUGGACGAGCAGGAGGAGGAGCUGCAGGAGGUGAUGAAGAAGUACAAGGCGGCCGUGGCGCAGCUGAGCGUCGACCAGCUGACGCUGCAGGACCAGGCGAGCCAGCUGACCGAGCUGGAGGCCGAGCGCGCCCUGUUGCGCGAGCAGCUGGCCGAGAAGGCCAGCCGGCUGGACGCGCUGGAGGGCGAGACGGCCUCGGCGCACGACCAGCGCCGGCUGGAGCUGCGCGUGCGCGAGCUGGAGAGCCGCUGCGAGUACGAGCAGACCACCAAGCAGCGGCUGGAGACGCAGCUGGCGCGGCUGAAGGAGGCCAUCGAGAAGGCCGGCGGCGAGGCGGACCAGGCGCGCCAGCGCGAACAGGUGGCCGCCGACAACCUGCGCAAGCUGCAGCGACAGCUGCGCGAAAGCAAGGACGAGCUGUCGGAGGCGCAGCGGAAGGAGUCGGACGCCGUGCUGCAGGCCCGCUCGCUGGCCAAGGAGCUGGAGACGGCUGAGGCCGAGGCUUCCCAGGCGCGCGGCGACCUCAAGCUCGCCUUCAAACGCAUCGGCGACCUGCAGAACGCCAUGCAGGGUGACCUGGACAGCGAGCCGAGCGACUCGGAUGCCGGCUCGGACUCGGACGAGGACCUGGACAGCUUCCUGUCGGCGCACAUGCCCGGCGGCCAGGCGGGCCGCGCCGCCGCCAGCAACGGCACGCCGCUCAAGAUCGACCUGGAUAGAAGCAGGUCGGCCGGCUCGGUGUCGUCCCCCCUGUCGCCGCUGUCGGUCAGCUCAGACCCGGAUCUGCGGCCGCGGCUGAACGGCGCGCGAGAGUCGGACGCGUGACGCGCCGGCCGCCGCCACUGAACACGGCCGCCACCCGGCCACCGCCACAUGCAUUACUGUGAUACCCCUGUGCGGGAAAGUUUACCUCGUCCUUAGAGUGGACUCGGCCGGGCGGCGCUGUCGCAGUAAUGCAUGGGCCGGUCCAUGGGUAGCCGCGAGGGGAGGUCUCCCGAGCUGAGCUGUGAUGAGCUGCCUUGCGGGGCGCGCGCGCCGCCGACGGCGCGGCUGGUUCUGUCGAUUGUUUUGUCGAGUUCGCUUGUACAAACCCACGGCCGCGGCACGCGGCCGUGGUGCGUGUGUAGGCCCACACUAACACAGCCCAUGAUUGUACGCCCCCUCACUUAUUUCCUUGAUCCUCAGGCACCGCACCGUCACGCUUCGAAAGUUUGGGCGCACGCCGAGCGCGCCCACGAGCCAUGUCGUUGCUUCCGAUCCCCCAGUUAUUUAUUUAUGUCGUGUUGCCAGUCCCGUAGCAUGGCUGAAAUCAGCCGAGUGUGAUUUCUUCGCGUCUUCGUGCGCUCCUGCCGCUACUGCAUAAUCAAAAUCCAGGUGUUCUCAAGGAGAUAGUGGCUUGCCAUUGGCUUGUGCUGAGGCCGUGGGCUGCAACGCACGUUUUCUCUCCUCUUUUUGAAGCAAAGAGUCGAGAUCGAGAACAGGAAUGCCUGUCACUGAUACCACUGAUUGCGCUUGCGCUUUUCGAAGAAUGAAAUGUACUGAUCAAUGUGUUGGAAUGCCUGUGUUUGUGAGUGUUCUGUAUACAUAUGCGUGUAAAGAAUGCCUCACCAAUCGUAACGCAUUGUGUAUGCCUACAGUUAUGGCUGUAUAUCAUUGACGUGAACCGAAUAUUAUAAUAAUGGGAUAUGACAUGAAAAUAUAUACCUGAUUCAUA